AUCAAACAAGAAGCACGUUCAAGACAGGUUAAAAAGAUGGUGAGAAGUAUAGAAGUGUUGUUUGUUUUUUAAAAUAUUUUGGGCCAAUUAAGCCCAUCCAGUAAAAUGGAUCCAAUUUAUCCUCAGACGCAAGAUUUUAUUGGAUCCGAUAUCCACCAAACAGCCCUCAUCCCAUUUGCUCUAGUUGCUCAACAAUUGGAUCAUUUUGCUUCGCGAAUUUCUCUCUCGAUCUCCCUCCUUGCUGUGUGUUCUAGAGAGAGGAAGUUAGAGAGAGGCAGAACGAAAAGGGAAAAAAUGGCGAUGUGGGUAUUUGGAUAUGGGUCUCUAAUAUGGAAAGCAGGCUUUAACUACGAUGAUCGUGUCGUUGGUUUAAUCAAAGGAUAUCGCCGUGUAUUUUACCAAGGCAGCACUGACCAUAGAGGCACACCAGAGUAUCCAGGAAGGACUGUGACUUUAGAACCUGCUGAUGGGGAAGUCUGUUGGGGAGUUGCAUAUAAGAUUUCCAAGAAAGAAGAUCAAGAAGUAGCUCUGACGUAUUUAGAAGUAAGAGAGAAACAGUAUGAUGAGAAGGCAUAUCUUGAUUUUUUCACUGAUCCUGCUGCUACAACUCCAGCAGUUUCAGGAGUAAUGGUAUAUAUAGGAUCUCCAGACAAGAGACAUAAUCAAAACUAUUUGGGGCCUGCACCUCUCGAAGAGAUAGCCAAACAGAUUUUUUAUGCUGAAGGCCCCUCAGGACCCAACAGAGACUACCUCUUCCACCUUGAAUCGGCUCUUCUUCAAAUUGGAUGUAAAGACAAGCAUGUAAUUGAUCUUGCAAAUGAAGUGAGGCGCAUUCGUCCAGAGACAGGGCUGGCUGAUUCCUGAUGCCCUGGAUAACAGGCUUCAAGAUCUACUUGUUAAUUGAAUCAGCGCGGUUAUUUGUAGCCAACUUUCCCAGAGAAAAGAUGUUGAUAAAUAUGAAGUUAUGAACAACAGGCAUAAAAAUACCAUGCCGUCCUUGGAUUUUUGCCGUUAAGAUGGUUAAAGAUCCAUGUAUUCCUCGAAUUGGAGCAAUCAUUGUUUGCGGCCAAGAAACAUCUAUGGGACUCGAUUAUUUAAAUGAAUUGAGUUUUAGAGCCA